CUCGGUUUGUGUGUGUAUGACAUGUUUAUUAUCAUCAUCCAAGUUUUCAUAAAGUAAAUUGCCGACUGAAUUUUUACAUAAAUUUUUUCUUGUUUUCCAGAUUCUUGAUUCAUCAUGAUUAUCACCGGCCAAUGAAUUACUGAUUGAUUUUCCAUCAUCAACAAACAAGCAACAAAACUAAAAAAAAACAACAAAAUAAUGCAUAAUCCAGCGGCUGCUGCUGCUGCUGCGGCUGCAGCCGCAGCAGCAGCAAUUAUACAUGAUCCAACAACAGCAGCCGCAGCAGCUUAUUCACCAUAUCAUCCAGUACAUCAUUCACAUGCUGCUGCUGCUUAUUACAGAGUUGCUGCAACAGCAACAACACCACCAGGUUUAAUAUCCGCUGCCGCAUCAUCAUCAUCAACCGUUGCAUUAUCAUCAUCAUCAACAACAACAUCAACAAUAUCACCAUUAUCAUCAACGUCACCACCAUUAUCACAUAAUCAUCAUCAUCAUCAUCAACAACAGCAGCAUCAUUUAAAUCCCCAAAAUCAUCAUCAUCCACAUUUAAUUCAUCAUCAUUCAACACAAAAUCCACAUCAUUCUGCAAUUAUCGGUGGUGAUCCGCAUCAUCAUUUUGGACAUCAUCCUUCUCUUCCGCCACCACCCCCACCUCCGCCACCAAUUUCUCAUCAUCCGCAUCCGCAUCACCUUUCACAACAAACAUCACAUCAUUCAUUACAUAAUAAUAAUAAUAAUCAUCAUACGUCAAAUUCUAAUCAUCAUUUACAACAUACAAUACAUCAUCCUUCAUCGAUUAAUCAUUCACAUCAUUCACAUCAUCAUCAACAA